UUAUUUUUCCUGAAAUCCCCUCUUAUUUUUUUUUUCUCUGAGAAACUUCCAAUCUCUUGAAAAAAGAAAAAAACGGAAAUUGGGUGAGAAGCUAUAAAUCAUCUCUAGUUCAUGGCUUCGUUGUUGUGCACUUCUAAGACGAAUCCCUAGUUCCUUUCAGGUCCUCUGCACUAAUUCCUAUGGAGCUUGUAAAUGAUGGAACAGAAUCAUCAAAUGGUGUUGAUGAAGCUGAAAUUACUAAUUCUCCACUUAUUCCUGGCCUUCCAGAUGAUAUUUCUCUUGUGUGCCUGGCAAGAGUUCCUAGAAGAUAUCAUCCAGUCCUGAAGUGUGUCUCAAAAAGAUGGGGGGGUUUAGUUUGCAGUGAAGAGUGGGUUUAUUAUCGCAAAAAGCAUAAACUUGAUGAAACCUGGAUCUAUGCUUUGUGCAGGGACACAUUAGAUAAACUUUUAUGUUUUGUUCUGGAUCCAACCUCCUCAAGAAAAUGUUGGAAGCUCAUUCGUGGGCUUCCACCUCGCACUAUGAAAAGAAAAGGCAUAGGUUUUGAAGCUUUGGGAAAUAAGCUUUUCUUAUUAGGUGGCUGUGGCUGGUCUGAAGGUGUUAUUGAUGAGGUUUACUCAUACAAUGCUUCCUUGAACUCUUGGGUUGAAGCUACUUCCUUGUCAACUGCUAGGUGCUUCUUUGCUUGUGAAGUUUUGGAUGAAAAACUGUAUGCCAUUGGUGGCAUAGGUCAAAAUUCAAGUGAUUCUUGGGAUACUUUUGACCCUUGCACAAAUGGUUGGACAUCUCGCAGAGAUCCUAAUAUUAUUCCUGAAGUUGAAGAUUCAGUAGUUAUGGAUGGGAAGAUAUACAUCCGAUGUGGCAAAUAUCCUGUAACUCCUCAUGUGUAUCUUGUGUAUGAACCAUCAAGCGAUACAUGGCAGCAUGCAGAUGCUGACAUGGUUUCAGGAUGGAGAGGUCCUGCAGCUGUUGUAGAGGGCGUCCUUUUUGUUUUGGAUCAGCGUUCGGGUAGUCGGUUAAUGAUGUGGCAUAAAGAGAGACGCGAGUGGAUACCUGUUGGAAAGUUGUCACCAUUGCUUACAAGACCACCCUGCCAGCUUGCUGCAGUUGGUAAAAGUAUUUUUGUUGUUGGGAAAGGGCUUAGCACUGUGGUUGUUGAUGUUGGUGAUUUGGGGGAUGUGGGACGGGUAAUGACGGGUUCGUCUAUACCCAAAUUAGAUUCUGAUUACGAUGUAAUUAGUUGUAAAUGUUUGGCAAUCUGAAUAGUAAAUUGCUUCUGAUGUUGUAUUAUUGUGUUGUUCUACAUGUACAAAUAUUGCAAAAUUCUUUCUUUUGUACACUGGUGGUAUUAGGGUUUGAACUUGCUCUGUUGGACUCCAUUAUACUUAUUUUGUA